UUAACUCAUAUAACCAUGGAUCAAGAAAAACAAACAGAUUCCGAUGUGAAAAAAAAUCGUAACAUUUUGGACAUGCUUAAAGACGAUCAAGGCUCAGGAUCAAAAAAGAAUUGGAAAGUCUUUCGUGACAAAAUACGUCUCAAAAGAGCAGGAAAGGCAUGGAAAUCGUCUCUUCCAGUCCCAGCCUCGGAUAUCCCAAUGGAAAACAAAACCAAUCGUAUGAUGAUAAGACGUGGGUCAGCACGAUAUCCAAGUGAUGACAGUGACGCAGAAGAGCAGCUAGACGGUGAAGCCACUCGUCAACUAGGACAUAUGCCAGAACGUCAACGCAGCAUUAGGCUACUUCCAGUAGAAACCGACCCAGAAGAAGAAGAAGAAGGGGAUACACCAUCUGAAGACGGCCCAAAGCAGGACGAAGGAAAAGGAGAUCAGCCCAUAUCGUUAAUGACAUUGCUUAGCGAUACUGGAUCAAACUACAUUGAUGAUCCAGAAGAAGAACAACAUCACGACGAGAACGAUGAUCAUGAAGAAGAGGAAGAAGAGGAGGAUAUUGGAGAUUGUAACAUAUGCUGUGGGUGCAAAGGAAAACAUAAGGGUGCAGCAAUAGGCCCUUGUGGACAUACAUUUUGCAAGCAUUGUACAAAGGAGCUUCAUGUCUCUAGAGGUAAUUGUCCUACUUGCAAUGAUUUUAUUUUGGAAAUUCUUGAUAUCUAUUAA